CAACUCCCAGAAUCCCCAGCUAUCGUUGAUGACGCAGUCAAAAGUGGACCAACACGGUCCCUGACACCGAGUAACUGCCUGACUUUAUAGUAUUAUUACGUAUAUUGUUUACUUGAAAACACUUAUCCACUAGUGGAAAGCAAAAGUGGUUAUGGCUGCUCCGCUGAAAGUAUGUAUUGUUGGUUCAGGAAACUGGGGCUCUGCAAUUGCAAGAAUUAUUGGAACCAAUGCACAGAAACUCCAGCACUUUGCCACCACAGUCAAGAUGUGGGUUUAUGAAGAAAUGGUCAACGACAAAAAGCUUUCUGAGAUCAUCAACACAGAACACGAGAAUGUCAAGUACCUCCCAGGCUACAAACUCCCAAAGAAUGUGGUUGCAGUGCCACAGCUUCGGGAUGCCGCAGAGGGUGCCGACCUCCUGGUUUUCGUGGUCCCUCACCAGUUCAUCCGGAAACUGUGCGAUGAGAUGGUGGGAUGUGUUUCGGAAAAGGCUCGUGGAAUUACAUUAAUCAAAGGCAUUGAUGAAGGACCAGAAGGAUUGAAGCUCAUCUCUGAUAUCAUUCGGGAAAAAAUGGGCAUUGAUAUCAGCGUCCUAAUGGGGGCCAACAUUGCCAAUGAAGUGGCGGCUGAGAAGUUCUGCGAGAGCACCAUUGGCUGCAAGGUGUUGGAGAACGGCCUCUUGUUUAAAGAGCUCCUGCAGACGCCUAACUUCAGAAUCACCGUGGUGGAUGAUGCUGACACAGUAGAGCUCUGUGGAGCCCUUAAGAACAUUGUUGCAGUGGGCGCAGGCUUCUGUGAUGGUCUGCAGUGUGGAGACAACACCAAAGCAGCUGUCAUUCGGCUGGGAUUGAUGGAGAUGAUCGCCUUCGCCAAACUCUUCAGCAAAGACGAUUCUGUAUGUUCCGCCACGUUCCUCGAGAGCUGUGGCGUGGCUGACCUCAUCACCACCUGCUACGGAGGACGAAACCGGUGCGUGGCAGAGGCUUUUGCCAAGACAGGGAAGAGCAUCGAGGAACUGGAGAAGGAGAUGUUAAAUGGACAAAAGCUUCAGGGACCAUUGACUUCUGCUGAGGUCUAUCAUAUCCUCAAACAGAAGGACCUAGUGGAUAAGUAUGUGUAAACGUUUUUUGGUUGUUAGAAGUUAUAAAUAACGCAGUCAUAAUUAUA